AGACGGCAAGACCCAAGCAAACUGUGUGGUCCCUACCUGGGUCCUUAGUCAACCACGUCUUUCCUCUCACUACCAUAUUUGCUUCCUCUCGCUCUAGUCCUUUCCUUCUGAUCUCCGCGGGUUUGCAGCAGCGGCCCGUGACAAGCGAUAAAUACGUUGCCCCCUGCACGGCAUCGCAGUUAUUACUUCACCCGACCCCGUCCGUCACCGCCACCGCCUUCGAUCUCUCUUUCCCCACCCCCGUUAUGACGCACCCGCGAUCCCAGAGUUUUUGACGCAGAAUCGCGACGCAGCGAAUCGAAACCAGCUCGACGAAUGGGGAAGAAGACCGGCUGGCUGUCAACCGUCAAGAAAGUCUUCAAACACUCCUCCAAAGACCUCGACCGAAGGAGGCAGAGGGAGAGGGAGGUGGAGGCGGAGGGGAAUGAGGCGCUGGAGAUAGUGUCGGUGGAGCACUUCCCGGCGGAGACGUCGCCGGAGGCCACGAACGACGACGGCGGGUCGCCGAGGUUGGCGGUGGAGGAGGAUAGGGAGCACGCGAUCGCGGUGGCGGUGGCGACGGCCGCGGCGGCAGAGGCUGCGGCGGCGGCCGCGGAGGCGGCGGCGCAGGUGGUGAGGUUGGCGGGGUACGGGCGGUUAUCCCGAGAGGAGAAGGCGGCGGUGCGGAUCCAAUCCUACUACCGCGGCUACCUGGCCCGGAGAGCCCUGCGCGCGCUGAGGGGCCUGGUGCGGUUGCAGGCCCUGGUCAGAGGCCACCAUGUCCGGAAGCAGGCCCAGAUGACGAUGCGCUGCAUGCAGGCCCUCGUCCGCGUCCAGGCCGGCGUCCGCGCCCGCCGCCUCCAACUCUCCCAGCAGUCCCACAACGCCCUCCUCCCCCACCCUCCCUCCUCCUCCACCACCACGACCCCCACCACCGCCACCACUACCAAAGUCCUCCCCCAUGACCCCUUCUCAGACUACCUCGACCACCUCAAAGCAAAAGACCGAGACCACCAUGAUGAAGAAGACUUCGCCGCUGACGACGAGGAAGAAGAAGAGCAGGGAACCCAUCCCAUCAGUAACCCCUCCAAGGACUUGGGCUUCGGAGACUGGGAUACGAGCCAUCAGAGCCUGGAGACCAUCAAGGCCAACUCCCAGCGCAAGCAAGACGCCGUCAUUCGUCGUGAGAGAGCCCUUGCCUAUGCUUACGCCUCUCAGCAGUGGAAGUCUGAAAAGCCCCAGUGGGGCUGGAACUGGCUGGAACGCUGGAUGGCCACCCAGCAGUGGCAGGCACCGCAGUCGCUGCCGCAGGAGAGCUCCUACGUCACGGUCACCAACACCGACGACUUGUCGGAGAAGACGGUCGAGAUGGACCUUGGACGAAGCCCAUUCAACCCGGUCCACUCUCGUCGGGACGAGACCAGUGAGGUACCGAGUUAUAUGGCCGCGACUCAGUCAGCUAGGGCCAAGUUUCGGAGUCAGGCGCCGGUGGCCAGGGGUUAUGGGGCUAAGCGGAACCAAUCGACUUGGAGGGCGGGGUCAGGGGUCGGUGGGGACUCGUCGAGCUCAGGAGGAGCCAGGCGGAGCCCGAGCCACGUCGGCGGUGGGCUUCGCGUCCAGACGCGGCGGCACGCAGGGUACAGCACACCGGAUUCCAGCUGCGCUGGCGGUGAUCGUACGCCGCCGGUGGGAGGGCGGGGGCGGAGGAGCAUAUACGUUUGAUAAUGGACUUAUGCAUGGAUUGGGUACUAAUAUCGGUGCUGUAAUCUGUUACGUGUGACGAUCGAGUCUUCUUUGUUUGGAUUUGUUAUAUUUAUAUAACUGUGGUUUAUCUGCUGGUUGGUGGAGAGGGAAAAGAAUUGCAGCAUCUGUGGUUGUGUAAAUUUUUUGAAAUAAUUACGAGAUCGGAACUGGCGUCGAGGGGUGAGUUUGGGAAGUUAAUGCAAAAAUAAAAUGACUAAUGCUUCAUUUUAUUAUAAUUUUGCAUUGCGUGAGGUAAAAUAAAAAUUUGAUGACU